AACCCUUCAGUCCGCAGGCUGACGCUUUAUCCACUGAGCCACACCAGCUCGGGCCGCAGGUUCUUUAAAUGCCUCUGUGGGUCAGAGGAAGUCCCGCUCUCAGAGCUCACAUCCCGGUGGGGAGGGCAGACAGGACCCCAAAUCCACGACCUCUGCAGUACAGAGAGGCCUCCCCGCCCGCUUGGUCUGGGCAGGACAGAUGCUGUGGAAUCCCUGCUCCCGGCCCCCAGCCCCCAGCCGGCUGUGUGACCUGGGGCAGCUGGCGUAGCCUCUCUGUGCCUGUUUCCUCUGAGAUAAAAUGGGAACAGCACCUACUUCCUAGGGUCGUCCUGAGCACUAGAUGAGUUAAUACUCACAAAGCACCUCCAAGGGCGUGGUAUGUACGGAUCCGGCCCUAGAGCCGCCCCAGGGCUUCCAUUGGAACUUGGUGGCUUAAACCAACUUGAGUGUGUUCUGUUACCCUUCCGGGGGGUUCAGGAGUCCAAACUGAGCCUCAUGGGGUCAGAUCAAGGUGUGGGCAGGGUUGGUUCAUCCUACAGGUUCCCAGGAGGGAGAAUCAUUCCUGCAUUCCAGCCUAUACCUUGUGUCUGAGAGAGAGAGAGAGAGAGAGAGAGAGAGAGAGAGAGAGAGAGAGAGAGAGAGAAAGGGAGAGAGAGAGAGGUGAUAGAGAGAGAAACAUAAAUCGGUUGCCUCCCAUAAUGCUCUGAGCUGGUUUGGAAACGAGGUAUGUGCCCUGACCUGGAAUUGAACCUGCAACCAAUGUGCUGUAGGGAGGAUGCUUCCACCUACUGAGCCAUCCGGCCAGGGCUAUCUAUUUCCACCUGUAAAGUCCUCCCAGACAGAUGUACCAUUUCCUCCCCUGAGGAAGUGCAUAGUAGAUAUUUGUGAUGGGCAUCUUUGAAUGUUUCAGGAACAUUGUAAGUUUUGAUGUGACCAUGACAUCUUUAUACCAUCCUGUGUUUCGUUGGUCACUGUCCUAUAUGGAUGCAUUUGAGUUUUGCAAUGUGAUUUUGUCUCUAGAAACCUUGCUGACUCUCUUCUCAAGCCCCUACAUGUGUCUGUAUGUACUUGUGGAUUUUCCUAUGAAGACACAAUCCUUGAUGGAGAAAGUCAGCUUUAUUUUCUUUCAAAUUUCAUAGCUUUUACUUAUUGUUCUUGCCUUGCUGGACUCGGACCCAGUGCUGCUGCUGUGUUAGGUGUGGAGUUUGCUGAACUCAUCCUCUAUUCCACCAGGGGAGCCUCCUGCAUCCCUAGCUGACUGUGAUGUUAUCCUGAAGGCCUUUGACAUCCCCCAACCCCCACCCGCGCUCACUGGUUCCUCCCUUGAGAUUCCAUCAGUCCAGGGCAGCGAGGCACACAGAAGCCCCACUAUGUGCUCCAGCAGCGGGAAUGUAAUGUCAGGGUUUGUGAUGCCCGGGUUGGGACACAGAUGGAGCAGAAAGGGAACACUUCCCAUCAGCCUGGGUGGGGCUCUGAAAAGGGACCCAGCGAUGAGGGGCCAGGACGGUGGAUUUUCAUGAACUUUCAGGCGGCAGUGCUGCUGCUGUGCUGAGGUCCCGCCAAAUGGGGCGUCUGUUUCCGAUGGGACCUUCGAGCCAACACAAGUGUGUCCCACGUCCCCAAAAAGCCCUCAGAGCAAAGAAAGGCCUUUAACUCUCAGCUUAGCCCCUGGGUUCCACCCUCCACUGGACUUGGAUCUAAAAUCUUUUCUCUUUUGCCAGCACUUGUUACAAAAAAAUAUUAAAAUGAUCCUUUUCCAGAAUGUUCGACAGUUCCAGCUGGAGGACGGGUCCCCGCCCCGAGUCCCCAGGGCCAGCUCUGAGUGUGCUGGCCCCUGGGCAACCUCCGUCCCCACUUACACAUCCUCUGCAAGGUGGUCACUUUCCGAUUCACAUCUGGACACACCACUCAGCCUGUCAGGGCCUCAGUGCAUUUACCUGCAGGGUUGGGGGGUGACGUGGGGUUGAGGAGGGGAGACAGGAAGAUUUCUCAGGCACUACACCCCUCAACUCCUGUGGAGACCAAGUUCCCCUUCCAGCCUGGCCCCAGUCUCUUCCCCAGGGCUUCCUGUUGGGGCGUCCUAGGCCCCACCCCAGAGCUGGGCACUUCCCUCCCUGACAGAGGGUCCUGGACUCACUCUGCGCUGCCAGAGGCAGACAUGGUGCCCCUGCUGCUGCUGCCCCUGCUGUCGGGGGGGUCCCUGCAGCAGCAGCAUCCAGGCUAUGAGCUCCACGUGCAGGAAUCCGUGACGGUGCAGGAGGGUCUGUGUGUCCACGUGCCCUGCUCCUUCUCCUACCCGUGGAGUUCAUGGAAUUCCUCUAGUGAACUCUACACCUACUGGUACCGGGUCGGGGAAAUCAUGGGCUAUGCUGCUCCUGUGGCCUCGAAGAACCGGAAUAAAACCGUGAAGACAGAGACCCAAGGCCGCUUCCUCCUCGCGGACCCCACGACCAACAACUGUUCCCUGGACAUCAGAGACGCCAGGAAGAGUGACAGAGGACGCUACUUCUUCCGAGUGGAGAGAGGAGGUUCUGUGAGAUAUAAUUACCUAAUGAAGAAGCUGGAUUUGCAGGUGACAGCCCUGACAGAGAAACCCCACAUCCGUGUACGGGAGCCUCUGGAGUCCGGCCGCCCCACACAGCUGGCCUGCAGUCUGCCAGGGGCCUGCGAAGGGGGACGACCUCUCACCUUCUCCUGGGUGGGAGCCGCUGUGGACUCGCUGAACCCCCAGACCCUCCGCUCCUCGGUGCUCACCUUCACCCCGAGGCCCCGGGACCAUGGCACCAGACUCACCUGUCAGGUCCAAGUCCAAGGAUCUUGGGUGGCCACGCAGAGAAUCAUCCGGCUCAAUGUCUCCUAUGCCCCUCAGAACCUCACCAUAGAUGUUUCCUUAAGAAAUGUCACAGCCCUCAAGAUUCUGCAAACCACAUCUCUUUCCAUCCUGGAGGGAGAGGCCCUGAGGCUGCGCUGUGUGGCUGACAGCUACCCCCCUGCGGAGCUGAGCUGGUUCCGGGAGGCCCCAGGCCUGAACGCCACCCCCAUUUCCAGCACCGCGAUCCUGGAGCUGCCUCGCAUGGGGCCUGCACAGGAAGGAGAGUUCACCUGCCAAGCUCGGCACCCGCUGGGCUCCCACAGGGUCUCUCUCAGCCUCUCCGUGGUCUACCCCCCGCAGCUGCUGGGACCCUCCUGCUCCUGGGAGGACCAGGGUCUGCACUGCAGCUGCUCCUCCAGGGCCCAGCCGGCCCCCUCCCUGCGCUGGCGGCUGGGGGCGGGGCUGCUGGAGGGGAACCAUGGCAACGCGUCCCACGCGGUCAGCUCCAGCUCAGAGAGGCCCUGGACCAACAGCUCCCUGAGCCUCCGCGAGUGGCUCAGCCCUGACCUCAGGCUCAGCUGCGAGGCCCGGAAUGUGCACGGGGCCCAGAGCGCCUCUGUCCUGCUGCUGCCAGGGAAGGCCGUGCCCCAGGCGGGAGCAGUCCCUGCGGCUCUCGGAGGUGCUGGUGCCAUGGCCCUGCUGUCCCUGUGCGUGUGUCUCAUCUUCUUUUGCAUGUGAGCCUCUGGGGCAGGGAGCCGGGUCCUAGGGGUUUGAAAGAGGUCACAGAA